AAAGUCGCGAAGCGAAGCGGCGGUGGCGACCGACUCGCGAGCACGCCGUUUCACCCACCGCGGUCUUUGCACUCCACCUGUCAUUCGGAUGCGCUCGACUUUUCAUUCUCAUUCGUAUUUCGAGUCGUUUGUUUGCGAGACGUCGGCCUCCUUGUGCAACGCACGUCUCGGCGUUUCCACAAGGAGCCGCGCGUACACUCGGACGCAUUUCCGCGCGGUUCAUGUCGCGACAAUGUGUGUGUCUGUUUGCGGAAUACAGCCGUUCGCGUUAUUUAUUUUUAUUAGCAAAAACGAAUAAUUGCGAAUGGGGCGGCACGAUAGUAUAAUAGAAAAUAUCAAAGUGAUAUAUAUAUAUAUAUAUACAUAUAUAUAUAUAUAUAUAAUAUGGAGCAAGUGUAAAAAAUACAAUGAGACGGUGUUCAUUAAGUCGUGAUGCGUUGGAGAUUCGACGGUUCUUGCCUGAAGACCGAUCAGAAGUCAGUGUUGCGAAAGCAGUUUGUGUGACAAAGCCGAAAAAACAAAGAGAGUGCUGAAACAUACUAGUUGGACUAGAAGAGGCACCUCCGCUGCGAGUGUCUUGUUGAUAGAUAGAUUUUGUCGUCUUCUAUCGUUUCUCGGAGGGACAGUGGAAGGGGGAGGGCAACGAUUGUAAUUUUUCUUUCUAGUGACACUGAGAGCGCACAGUGAAAAUAUUAAAAAUAGGGGGGGCGGUCUGCUGACCGAUGGACAAACGGAAGAUGAUGCCCAAACGCCCUCGUAUGGAGAACUUGAGGGGUCCGAUUGCUAACGGACCGAUUCAGACACGACCACUAGUUGCACUUCUCGAUGGUCGCGAUUGCUCCAUUGAGAUGCCCAUCCUCAAGGAUGUUGCAACUGUUGCCUUUUGUGAUGCGCAGUCCACUUCAGAGAUACACGAGAAGGUAUUAAACGAAGCAGUGGGUGCAUUGAUGUGGCACACGAUAAUUUUGACAAAGGAGGAUUUGGAAAAGUUCAAGACGCUGCGAAUCAUCGUCCGGAUUGGUUCCGGAGUGGACAACAUCGAUGUUAAGGCGGCCGGCGAGCUCGGCAUUGCAGUGUGUAAUGUGCCUGGUUAUGGCGUUGAAGAGGUGGCCGAUACAACUCUUUGUCUUAUACUAAAUCUUUAUCGACGCACUUACUGGCUUGCGAAUAUGGUGCGCGAGGGCAAGAAAUUCACAGGACCAGAACAAGUGAGAGAAGCAGCAACUGGUUGCGCAAGGAUACGGGGUGACACACUAGGUAUUGUGGGCCUCGGUAGGAUCGGUUCUGCUGUCGCGUUGCGUGCCAAAGCUUUUGGCUUUACUGUCAUCUUCUAUGAUCCUUAUUUGCCAGACGGUAUCGAGAAAUCGCUAGGUCUCACCAGGGUUUACACAUUACAGGAUUUGCUGUUCCAAUCAGACUGUGUAUCUCUACACUGUACCUUGAACGAACACAAUCAUCAUCUAAUAAACGAAUAUACUAUUAAACAGAUGAGACCGGGAGCAUUUUUAGUCAAUACAGCGCGAGGUGGUCUGGUGGACGACGACGCGCUUGCUGCAGCGCUCAAACAAGGUCGAAUUCGCGCGGCGGCAUUAGAUGUCCAUGAAAACGAGCCAUACAACGUCUUUCAGGGUCAGUCCGCGAAUCAGUGUCCAUUGAAAGAUGCGCCCAAUUUACUGUGCACCCCACAUGCCGCCUUCUACAGUGAUGCAAGCUGCACCGAGUUACGCGAGAUGGCGGCGAGCGAGAUACGACGGGCGAUCGUCGGCCGCAUACCCGACUGCCUGCGCAACUGCGUGAACAAGGAAUACUUCCUUUCCUCGACUGGCAGUUACUCCGAGGGCAUCAACGGCGGAUACUAUGCUGGGGCGCUGCCGGUACAACAGACAGCGCAUUCGACGACUCCUCACGAUACUGCGCCCCCACCCCCGGUGCCCGGUGCCGGCGGUGGACACUCCGUCGUCGGUGGCGGUGGCGGUGGUGGCGGUGGCGGAGGUGGCGGCGGCGGGGCCGGUGGUGGUGGGGGGGGCGGCGGAAUCGGCGGGCCCAACUCCUCGUCCUCGUCCGCCGUAACGGUGGCGGGGGCCGCGGGCGGCGGGGCCGGCGGCGCGGGAGGUGCGGGCGGCGGGCCCGCAGGGCCGCAGGGCCCCCCUGCCGCGGUCGGCGGCGGCGGACCCCCGUCCGCCGCGGGCGUGGUGGGUGCGGCCGCCGCCGGCGGCGGUGGUCCCGCGGCCGCCCCCCCCACCGCCGGACUGCCCGGUCUACCACACAGCAUAGUGAGCGAGCCCGACCCCCGGCCGAGCCCGCCCGCCCCGAGCCCCCGUUGACCUUGAAUGAUACGUUAUAAUUAACGACCCCCUCUGAUAACGCGAACGAACCACCCUCCCCUCUGCCUCCUCCCCCACCCCCCGCAUUCUAAACUCGAGCGACCACCACAUCGGCACUACUACUACUACACCCCUAAUUUUCUGCCCCCCCCACCCCCAUUACC